UUUGGGGUCCAGUUGCAAAUUGGGCUAUUCCACUGGCAGCUAUUGGAGACUUUAAGAAGGAUCCGGAACUGAUCAGUCCCUACAUGACCCCAGCCCUGAUCGGAUACUCGUCUGCAUUUGCGAGGUUUGCGUGGAUGGUAAAGCCGCGUAAUCUGCUGUUACUGGCGUGUCACUUGACCAACAUCACCGCUCAGGUGGUUCAAGGCUGUCGAUACAUCAACUACCACUACCUGACAAAGCCAGAAGAUCGAAGGAAGCACCAUAUUGAGGUGGUGGAGAAAGAAAUUCAUUCCCAUCCCAAGCAGUACCCCAAAGUCCACAUCAAGGACCACCCCUCCCUCACAGAGCAAGUGGAGGAGGUGAAAGAAUUUGAUUCAGCAUACAAGCUUCCAAAGGAGACACCAGUUAUCAACUGAUUUUUAGAGUGCACUAGUACAAUAUUCUGCUUGUAAUUGACAGUAUAUUACCAAAUCUGUGCAUAUGAUAUUGGCAUCUACUGUAUCUCUGUGAUUUAAAAAUAACUAAACAUACUGGUAUUAGUACUGUCUAUAGUCCCUUAAAUGUUCUACUGGGAGUGAGUGAUGAGCGAUCAUUGAAUGGACUUGGAACAAACAGUGAACAAACACUGAGGAGAAUGUGAUUGUUUUACAUGGGAAAAUGUAUCUUAGAUGAACAUUGUAUAUAUGCAUGGGCCUCUUGUUCUUGAGACACAAUGUGAAUUAUUUGUUAGCAAUAUAUGAACACAUGCACUGCUGAGCAAUGGCUGAAGAAACGCAGUGUGAAAAAGUAAGUGUUAAGUGAAUGAUGAGCAAUCAGGGAGUGAACGGAAAACUGUGUAUUAGAACAUUUCAGGGACAGUAUUCAUAUCAUUUUGAUAUUUUAAUGUGGUGAAACUAACUUAUUAUUUUAGGUGUCAACUUUUUUUCAUUUUAUAAUCAUGUAGAACCAAACAUUAUUAAAGGUCAACAAGACCAAAGUUUUAUGUAUCUUAUACCUUAGCAUUGAAAUCUACAGGUCAAAUGUAAAGCUUUUGCUUAUCGAAGAAAAUACAUUUUUAAGCGUUUGAAUGCAAAGAUUUUCUAACAAAGAAAUUUAUAAAAUGAUGUGACUGUAAGCAGUAUGUGCGAUAAGUAAUGUUCCAUUGAAUAUUACCUGUAUACACUGUAGUUUGGUCAGGUUGUUAAUUUUUUCCUGUGGAUUUUGGUUCAAUCAUCCGACAUAAAAAUAACAUGGCUUCAAGCUUUUAAAGUUGUAGAUACACGAUAUGAUAUUUUUGACUUAAUGAAGAAUUUGUCUCUAGCAGCAAGUUCAAAACAAAAUACAAACCAGUUGUAGUUCAAGCAUGUUUUAUUGAAUCUGUGGAGUCAUUCAAGUUUGUUUUCUUUUUUAAAUAAUCAGAAAAUAUCCCUGUCUAAGAAGUCAGUGCUAGUAAGAUAUCUGCUGUUACCAGACUUCAAGUCUCAUAAAAAUUUCAACUUUUGUGUCGAUUGUGUAAAAGUCAGUCAUUUAACACCACUCUUGCUUGUAAAUUCUUCCUGUUCGCGAGCUUGCCUUGUCCAUAAACGAGACUUGAUUUCGCAAAUGUUCAAUAUUAAAGUUCAAUACUACAUAUCUACACAAAAUUAUUCAUGAGAACCUUUUGCUUUCACAUCAAGGUAACCUCACAAAGAUAAAAAAAAAAUAAUAAAGUUCUAAUGAAGGUAAUUUGCUGUGUAUGUACUGAUAUUAAUUCUGUUUGAAAGACGUACUGAAGAAUCUCUCAUUACCGUGGGGCAGAUUUUGUUGUUUUGAAAAGAAAAUAUUUAUGUUGAUAAAAUCUUUUAUAUUUGUGAUUGAAGAGAUUUGUGUAUGCUUGUGGGGAAUUCAAAUUCAUAUGUUUAAAACUCUGAAAAUUGUAUCCCAAUGAAAAUGAGUGAUUGCAUAGUGCUGGUUUCAUUGAGAUUUUGUGUAGAUAAAGUUGUGGACAAUUAAGGACUGUGCCAUACAAUGACAUCCUGUAGUCAUGUUUACUAACUACACAUCAUUCAAUUAACGUCAGAUAUACACAUGGUGGAGGGAUUCAUGUUAAACAGAUUGUCUUGUUAAACGUUUAUAGACCAGGAAAGUGUAUAUUUUCUUUAGUGAGUUCAAUUUUGGUGAUAAUAUAAUAUAUUUAGUAGAAUUGUACAACGGUUUCAAUUUUAAUGGUCCUCAAGUCCUCAUAUAAAAACGCCUUAAUACGAGUGUAUUAUGUCGCCACGUUUGACGAGAGUGUAGCCUAUUUUAUUUUAAGAUAUGUAUCAUGUGAAUGUACGAGGUACAACUAUGCAGGGUAGUAGUAAGAUCUGGGUGCUUUAGCCCCAUUCACUUUUGUUAUGAAGUACAUAACCAGACCUAUUACAUAUCCAACCAUACAAAACUUCUGUGUUGUUAGAUGGUAAAGGCAUUAUCAUUGCAGACAUUUCAGAUUUGACAUGCGACAGACUUAUGAUAAGCAGAAAAUGCCCUUAGGGACACUAUGAUACAGUCUCCUUGUACAAGUAAUUUUUUCUGUGUGUGUGUUAUAAACGAUAGGGUAAUGGGCCACAAUGCCCACUUGAGCCGUCCUGCUAAUAGAGAUAAAAAUGUGAAGACCUUGUGUUUAGAGCACUAUGUUUCAAACAAAACAAACCUAUUUUUGAUGUAAACAGGAGUUCCUGUAUGAGGAUAUUAAAUAUUGAACCAGCAAAGGAUUAUUACUGACAAAACAUUAAUGAAUUUAAAUUGAAUUUUAAGAUAAAGAAUAUUCAAAGUAUACAUGUAUAAUCCAUCUGAGUGUAGAUUGUUUUUAAUCCUAAUCUGUUUUUGUUUUUGUUUCCAUUAAAUGAAGUGCUGAUCAAAGUUA